UCUCAGAUUUCCUUGGUAGGACGUACAGCACCGUGUCACAUGAGGGCGGCCAAUCAAACACAGUCUUGUCUCUGAAGAGUGAAGAAAGUAAGAUUCUCUUCAUUCAACACGAGAAUUUGAACACGAUGACAUCUCCAACGAUUGCCUCCUUUGUGACGUGGUUGUUCUUGUGUCAAAUGACUCAUGCAACUGAUCUGACGUCGUCCUCAACUGUGCGUCAAGAGAGAAGUUUUGUAUCAGCUAAUGUUGGAGAAAACAUUACUUUACGAUGUUUCAAUAGUAAUGCAGUAUGGCUUCACUGGUACAAGCAAAUACUGGGACACAAACCAACGCUGAUCUCCUCCUUUUAUACUUUUAGUAAAAAAGUCAUAUUUUUUCAGGAAUUCAACAACAAAUUCCGCUUCACACUGGAUACUGAAAAUGGUCAAAAUCACUUGACAGUUUUUGAUGUGGACAUUUCAGACUCAGCUACUUACUACUGCGCAGGUAGCUCUAUAUUUAGAAUGACUUUUGGCGAAGUCAUUGUUGUCAGUGUCCGGGGUUCAGGUGUGAGCGUCCCAGUGUUGGUCCACCAGUCAGCGUCUGAGACCAUCCAGCCAGGAGGCUCUGUGACUCUGAGCUGUACAGUUCACCCUGGGACCUGUGAUGGGGAACACAGUGUCUACUGGUUCAAGGACUCUGAAGAGUCUCAUCCAGGACUCAUUUACACCCACGGAGGCCGGAAUGAUCAGUGUGAGAGGAAAGCCAGCACACAGAAGACACACACCUGUGUCUACAACCUGCCGAUGUCUGACGCUGGGACCGACUACUGUGCUGUUGCCUCGUGUGGACACAUGCUGUUUGGAGACGGGACCAAGCUGGACUUUGAGGAGGAAGUCCACUCUCUUGUCUUGGUGAAUUUCUUGAGUGGAGCGUUGACGUUCACCAGCAUCCUGAGUGUCUUACUGGCUGUCUCAGUGUGCAUGAUGAACAAGGGGAGCAGCUGCCCGAGCUCAGAGUUUAACACAAGAUGUCCAGCUCCCUCCGCAGAAAACGACAUGGGUCAACAACACAAAGAAAUCAUGUUUCAUGCAGAUCUAAGUGUCCACCUGCAGAACGGGUCAAGAAGACCGAAGGAUCCGACCUGGAGUGAAUGUGUGUACUACAGCGUGAAGCAGUAGAACUGGACGUACUACAUUUGUACUUUUGAGCCUGACAGGGAUUUCUCUUUUAAAGUGUAAUGUAGAUUUAUAUCUCAGUUGGGAAUAAGCGGAUUGUAUAUCUGCUUUUUGAGCCAAUAUUACAUGUUUCUAUGCUUCGCUAAUGUGCAUAUUCAGGAUACUCAUUGGUGGUCUGUGUGGUCUGAAGCAGGUUAUCUUUAAACCAUGUAUCUAUAUUAUCUCUACAAAUAAAUGUGUUUUCAUGACUUAAUCAGUAUAUUUCAAAGUUUAGAUUUACCGACUGUUUUAAAGUCACUCAAACGCUUCUAGCUUCUUACUAGCAUUGCAUGAUAAUCAAUAAACUGAUAUGGUCUGUCAUUAAUAAAUAUACAUGUCAGAAUAAUCAAGUAAGGUUGUUGCCAAUUAUUUUCUCUUCUAGAGAUGGUCCUGGUUCUCUCGAUACGUUAUGGAUAUGAAUGCUGUUCUAUACAUAAUUAUGAAAUAAAAAUAUAUAUUUUC